UUGUGUGGACAUUCAUCUGAGCACAGAGACCUCAGCCUGACAGACAGACAGCUGCUGUUCUUCAGCUUCACCACGUGUCUGUCAGCCUCCUGAAAUGGGGAGGAUGGGAGGAUUUGAGCCCAAAGGCGAGGCACGCCGUCCGGUGUGCCGGAUAUAAAGUCAUGGCUGAAUCCUUUCAGAUUUAGUUUUUUUUGGAUAGAGCUUUAAACCUGGACUGACGUGAUGGAGAUCCUAAAAUAGAUUCCAUCAGACCUGCGAUUGGAUGGAGAAGCGGACCAGAGCAGGUUUCAGGACGACGAUGAACGUCGAUUCAGAAAUCAACAAGCAGCUCUUCCUCCCUCAAAAUGAGCGUCUGCUGGUUGCACUGGAGGUGCAGAGGAGACAGAAGAAGAGGAGAUCCUUCCUGCCCACCUCCUCCAGAGAGGAAUACACAACCUUCAUCUGUGUGUCAGUGACCAACACCUCCCCCCACCAGCUGCUCAUCACCAAAGUGAAGCAGUUUUCUGGCUCCCCCUCCUUCACCAGAAGAUCUCAGUGGACGGUGGAGCAGCUCAAACAGGUCAAUGGCAUCAAUCCUAACAAGGACACCCCAGAGUUUGACCUGGUGUUUGACAACGCUGUGGACCAGUGGGUGGCCAGCUCAUCUCCCGAGAAGUGUAUCUUCAUCCAGGUCCUGUACCGCGCCUGCCAGACUCACUGGGAGAGCAAAGCAGGAAGCCUGGUGAACCUCAGGAAGCUAAAGGCCAGCCAACAGAAAACACCGAACCAGAUUGAACCGACCGGUGUCCCCAAAGAACCCGCAGCACCCAGAACCCUGCAGGUCAGACGGAAAAGCAUCGCCCCCCCCAGGAAGACUGAGUUCAUCAACUGCCAGUCCAAGCUGACCCGAGAUGCCAGCACCAUGAAUCUGGUCAUCUAUCGCUGCAAAGCUUUCCUGAGUCGAGUGAGGAAGCUGAUGGUUGCAAGACGGAAAGGUCCACCUCGCCCAGACAAAGGUCAGACAGGGUCUCGUGGAGCACAAAGAACCAUGGGUAACGUAGUCCACAGGAUGACGGUAGCUCUGGGGGAGCGUGGAGGCAGACUGACCCGUGCUGAAGACCGCACUGUGAAGCUGAUGCAAAAAGCUCAGCAGCUCGCCGACACGGCUCACAAGUUGGCACUGAAGAGCACCAAAUAGAGUCUGCAGGACAAUAACAGCAUCCAAUGACCAGCGGCGGGCGCUCUCUGCUCAUAAAGGCUGUUGUGGAAACUAGUUUCACUAAAAUAAGAUUCUGCCCUUGAGUGUGAUUCAAAUAAUAUUUAACACUUUACUCUGAAAAACUACUGACAGGAAGUUCUGAUGUUCUUCUUCGUGUGAUCAUGUGACCACAGGUGGUCUGCAGCUUUUGUACCUGAUCUGCUCAAAGUGUUUGUUUAAUUGUCUGUCGUCUUUACUGUUUGUCUUCUGUGUCGUCCGUCCGGUCUCGUCUGAGCUCCAGUAGAGCUGAAAAUGUGACUUCAGAGGAGCUGCUUCGAAUCUGCAUCUGAUCUGUCUUUUAGUCCAGUUUUAAUCUGAAACAAUAACACAAUUACAGAUCUAAUUCAAUAUGAUAUUCAUUCUAAACUCAAACAUCGUUUUCUGUCUGCCUUUGUGUAUUAAGCAGCACCGUCUGUCUUCUCUUUUACCUUAAUGAAUAAAACAUACACUGUUAAGAUUCA